AUGACUUGCUCUCUUCCACCCAGCCACAGUGCCCCAGGAAAUGGUCAUAUUGAGUUCCCCCCUUUGCUCGACGCGACGCUUGAUGAGCUGCAAUCGGGCCUUAAUGCCGGACAUUUCACCAGUGUGGACUUAAUCCAGGCCUACACCGCCAGAAUAGAAGAAGUCAACUCGCGGCUGCACGCCGUCAAUGAUAUCAACCCUGAUGCCGUUUCCAUCGCUGCACAUUAUGAUACCUUGAGAUAUUCUGGAAAUAUCAUCGGCCCACUUCACGGUAUCCCAGUCGUGAUCAAGGAUAACAUUGCCACGGCUGACAAGAUGAACAAUACGGCUGGGUCGUACGCCCUCGUUGGCGCCGAAGUCCCAGAGGACAGCACCAUUGCACACAAGCUACGCCAGGCUGGCGCCAUUAUUCUUGGCAAGGCCAAUCUAUCGCAGUGGUCCGGCGCUCGUGGAGAGAUUACACAAGGAUGGUCUGCGUAUGGCGGGCAAUGUAUUGGCGCGUAUUAUCCCGACAUGGAUCCCGAUGGUUCGUCGUCUGGCAGCGCUACCGCGGCCUCGGUUGGUUUGGCAUGGGCAGCACUGGGCACUGAUACCUCUGGUUCCAUUGCGGAUCCAGCGAGCAAGCAUAACUUGGUCGGAAUUAAACCCACCAUGGGGCUGACGUCGCGGUAUCUCGUCGUUCCCAUUUCGGAACACCAGGAUACCGUUGGACCAAUGGCGCGAACGGUCAAGGAUGCUGCCUAUUUGUUAUCAGCCAUUGCUGGAUCCGACAAAAACGACAAUUACACGUCUGCAUCGCCGUUUGGAAAUAGAGUGCCAGACUACGUCGCCGCUUGUAAGGGCAAGGGCCUGCAUGGGAAGCGGAUUGGUGUCCCUCGGCACAUGCUACAACUGUGGCCAGAUUACUCUACCAAUUAUACACUUGAAGUAUUCGACUCUGCGCUGGAGGUCUUGCGAGUGCAGGGAGCUGAAAUUGUAGACAACAUCUUCCUACCAGGCGCAGCGGACUUGCUUAGGAGCAAAUAUAGCCCUUUUGUCACAGGUCCAGACAUGAUGGUCAACAUACCUCGAUACUUUUCGCAGCUCAAGACGAACCCCAAUAAUAUAACUACAAUGAUUCAACUACGCGAAUUUAUCCAAAAAGAUGCCCGUGAAGGAUAUCCCGAGAAAAACACCGCGUCUUGGGAUAGAGGUAUCAGCAGAGGCUAUGAUAAUACCUCGCCAGUGUGGUGGGAAAAUUACCACGCCCAGGCAGAACUCGCCGGCCCUCAGGGUAUUGCUGGUGCGGUAAAGGAACACUCUCUCGAUGCUAUAGUCCUGCCCACGGGGUAUGCGAGCAAGCUUGCAGCUCCUUUAGGCAAUCCGGUCAUUUCAGUGCCUGUGGGACGGAUGCCCGACGACACCCCUCUGGAGAAGAACGAGUUUGGAACUUUGAAUGUCAAGGGCCCAAACCAGCCGCUUGGGUUAGGGUUUACAGGCGCGCGGUUCAAUGAGGAGGUACUUAUCGAGAUUGCAUAUGCAUUUGAGCAGGCGACGAUGGUGCGCAAGACAAUCAUUCCUCAUAUCCAGCCAAAGACGGAGCUGAAGGACAUUCUGGAAAAGAUUGAGUAUACGAAUGGGAAUUUAGAGUUGUAG